CACCAGUACCAUCAGUUAAGUUCAGUUUCAGUUGAGUUGUUAAAGUUCUCGCGAUAACACCUUGUCACGCCUGUGCAUGGCGAUUUUAUAUAUUGUUUUUUAACAUUAUCAAGUUAUUAAAUACUUUAAUUGAUUAAUUAUUCAAUAAGUGAUUUUUAAAUUAAUAUAAAGCGUUUUGAUUUAAAAAAAAAAAAUUUUUAAAGCCAGUACUUUAAUUUAUUAUUAAGAUCAAUAAAAUGAAAUAAGUUAGAGUUGGCAAUUAAAAAGAGCUCAGAAGUAAAUUAAAACAACUUACUAAAGAUUACUUAUGAUUAUCAUGAGAUUAAACGAAUAAAUUAAUGAUGCGCGUAAGUUUGAUAAAGUGAAAGAUCAUUAGAGGUAAUAGUUAUAUUAUUGGCUAAAGAAAACUCAAUGAACUCUAGUGACACUAAAUCAACUGGCGUAAUGCCAAGGUCACUACAAUUACUUGAAUCAUCGAAAUGGGUCUUGUUAUAGCAUCACCAACAGCGGUGAUAAAUUCACAAAAUUAUCUCAUCAUUUUACCUUUAUGUAAUAAUAAUAAUAAUAAUAAUAAUAAUAAUAAUAAUAAUAAUAAUAAUAAUAAUAAUAAUAAUAAUAAUAAUGAUCGUCAGAGUAUUAACAUAAACGAGACUAACAAGAUUUGGAUGUUAAAUAUGAGCCGAGACGAUGAUGAUUCAAUGGUAAAUUUAACAAGUCUAGAUCAUGCUCCGAGUUUGACAAGUAGUGCAUUUAUAAAAGCGAUUGUACUUGGUGUUAUGGCAGCAUUUAGUCUUAUCGCAAAUGUCAUAACCAUCUGGUCAAUAUCUAAAAAUCGUCGAAAACGACAUCAAAACUAUUCCGCAAUUUAUACAUUGAUAUUACAUUUGUCAGUUGCGGAUUUACUGGUAACAAUAUUUUGCAUUGCUGGUGAAGCAUUAUGGAGCUAUACUGUCGCCUGGAUAUGGGGCAAUGUCACAUGUAAAUUAUUCAAGUUUCUGCAAAUGUUUAGUUUAUAUUUAAGUACAUUUGUAUUGGUACUGAUUGGCCUUGAUAGAUUUCUUGCCGUAAAAUAUCCUAUGAAGAGCCUCAAUAAAACAAAUCGAUGCAACCGACUUGUACUUAUUACCUGGAUUAUUUCUUUCAUUCUAAGUGUUCCUCAGCUGAUAAUAUUCCACGUUGCUCAGGGUCCUUUUAUUGAAGACUUCUCUCAAUGUGUAACACAUGGAUUUUAUACACAAGUCUGGCAAGAACAACUUUACACUACUCUCAGUCUUAUUUUUAUGUUUAUAUUACCUCUCAUUAUUCUUGUCGCAACUUAUGUAUCAACUGUCAUAACAAUUUCACGAAGUGAAAAAUCGUUCAAGUUUGACGUUACAAAUAAUAAAAUUAAAAAUCAGAUAACCGGAGAUAUUAAUCGCCGUAGACUAAUGCACCGUGCUAAAAGCAAAUCCUUGCGUAUAAGUAUUGUCAUUGUAACGGCAUUCGUUAUAUGGUGGACACCUUACUAUAUAAUGAUGAUAAUAUUUAUGUUUCUCGAUCCUGAUGAACACCUAAGUGAAGAUUUACAAAGUGGUAUAUUUUUUUUUGGUAUGAGUAAUAGUCUUGUAAAUCCAUUGAUAUACGGAGCAUUUCAUUUAUGGCCACAGAAAAAGUCUCAUCUGAAAUUCCGUCAAAAAGAAGGUUCAAUGCUUCAGCUCAGAAGUACAACAACCCACACAAGUUUUACAUUAGCUACACGUCGGUGUAGCACUCGUCUAAUUCGCAAUCCGCAAGGAUACUUAACUUCAACGAAAACUAAAAGAAACGAUAAGUUUAAUGAAAUCUCCCAUCCAAUCGACGAGACGAUGUUGGAUACGUUAAUCAAUGAACCUGCUAACAAUAACGAAAUAUCAACACAAUAUCCUUCAUCAAAGCUUAUUAUUCAAUACAAUAAUAACCAUUCGGACGCUAAAGAUACUAGAAAUAAUUUUAUCCAAGAUAACUAAUAUGCUAACUCAUUAAUCAUUGAACUUGGAGUUAAAAUUAUUCUUGUUGAGUCAAAAAUAU